AUGUCAUGUGAAAGCAGAGCCUUGGUGCGAAUAGGUCUAUCUCCACUUACAGUAACUAACAGAACUCAAUGUACAUUCCGUUGUAAUUGUUACAAAUCGGUCGUUCCCGUUUGUGGUACAGACGGUAAGUCUUAUAAAAACCUCUGCAUUCUUCAAUGCGCGAGUAUGAACAAGCAGGCGCUACCGGGUGGAACUGCAAUAGGUGUCCAAUAUUCAGGAGCCUGUCAGCAGUGUACUUGUCCACAAAAGAAUCACCCGGUAUGUGGCACCGAUGGAAAUACCUACGCCAGCGACUGUCAUUUGACAUGCGAAAUGAAUCGAAUUCAACGUUUAGGCGGAAACUUGUCCAUCGCUCAUAAGGGUGAGUGUGGAUGUGUUUGCCCUCAGAUCGACGAACCGGUAUGCGCAAGCGAUGGCAACACUUAUGGCAACAAAUGCGUCCUUGAUUGCGAGAAUAGAGUAAGACAUAAUCAGAACCAGGGGCCCCUGCACGUCGUGUUCUAUGGACAGUGCAAGCCUUACAGUUACUUCAACUGCAACGCUUGUCCGCAAAUUUACCGCCCCGUCUGCGGUACCGAUGGCAACACUUAUUGGAAUAUUUGCUUCCUCUUCUGCAAUAGUCGCUGCAAUAUAUUCAACAGAUUGCCCACUGUCAGGCUGUGCAGCUACGGGCCUUGUUAG